ACACCGGUGCUGCAUUCUCCUAGACAAGGGCUAUUUUUGAUGAAAAAGUCAAAAGAAAAUAUCCCUGGUCCGUUCAGAUAGAGUUGUUCAAAGUGAUGAGCUUGCGUCCAGUUCAAAUUCUUGAAAGCGCCUUGAAGCACCACAAGCAGAGAAAGGCCUGUGCUAUCGCGACCGGGCAACAGUUUCGACGUGUGAUAUCACUCCAAAAACAUGAUAGAAAGAAUAUGAGUUAUACCGAUACUGGAGUAGACGGAUUUUGGAAGGCCUGACGCUCAAGAUCUCAACAAACCAAUACCCGUCCACAUACAAUCCAAUCAA